AUGGCAUCCACCAAAAGGCAGCACCUCAACAAUGUCCUCAUCGUCGGUGGUUGCGGUUUCCUCGGUCAGCACGUCGUCACUUUGCUCAAAGAACACCACCCAGAAUGUGAGAUAUCCGUGAUGGACCUGCGCCUUUCCAACACCCUAGCUGGCGUCACAUAUCUUGAGGGCGACAUCACCUCACGCGAGUCGGUUGAUUCCGUCCUGAGUAAGGUGAAGCCUGAGGCGGUCAUUGACACAGUCUCUCCUGUACACGGUCUGGGUCAGGCGGUCUACUACAAGGUCAAUGUGGACGGCACGAAGGUUCUGCUGGAAGCAUCAGGCGAUGCUGGUGUGAAAGUUUUUGUCUUCACAAGUUCGGCGAGUGUGGUAUUUGACGGUGCGAGUGACCUUAUUAGCGUCAAUGAGAGUGCACCAAUUGCUUCCCCGGCAAUGGACCCCUACACUGAAACUAAGGUGAGUUUAACACAAAUGCUUCAUUCACUGUGUUGAUUAUUUGCUGAUUAAACGUAUUAUUUUAGGCAAUUGGCGAAAGGAUGGUGUUGGAAGCCAAUCGCAAAGGAGGGAUGUUUACGAUCGCAUUGAGACUUUCUGGACUUUUUGGGUUUGCCUAACACCGAUUCCGAAGCCUGGAGCCGAAAAUAAGCUAACCUGGUAUUCAUUGGGCACUAGACCGGGUGACCGUCAACUCAUUCCUGGAAUGUUGGGUGUGCUGGCCCGCGGCCAAACAAAGUUCCAGAUCGGCAACAACGAGAACCUCUUCGAUUUCACCUACAUUGUCAACGCAGCCUGGGCGCACAUCCUGGCUACCGAGAAGCUUAUAGCGUUGUCCCUGGAUACCCCCAAAACGCCAGAAACUCCUGACGGAGAGACUUAUUUCAUUACCAACGGAGAGCCGUGCUACUUCUGGGACUUUCCUCGAACAAUCUGGGCUAUUAGAGGCCAUAUUGCGCCAUUCCAUAUCGUGAUGCCUGCGGCUGUCGGUGUCGCUAUGGGUGGUGCAGCAGAGCUUUUCGCCUGGCUUCUUAAUAGAGAGCCGGGGCUUAGCAGGUUCAGGGUCAGAUUUAGUUGCUGGAACAGAUAUUUCGACAUUCGGAAGGCGAGACAAAUGUUGGGGUACCAGCCACUUGUCAAAUUAUAUGAUGGGCUCGUGGAAACCCUCAAAUGGUUUGAUGAGCAAGAGAAGAUGGAGACGGCAAAAAAGGGGCAGUAG